AUGACAGAGGAUCAAAAAGUGCACCGCCUGGAGGUUUGUCAGGAGCCCUUGCAAAUGGCCAGUUCCGACGAAAACUUCUUGAAAACCAUCAUCACAGGUGACGAGAGUUGGGUUUAUGGCUACGACGUGGAAAUGAAGCAUUUGUUAGAGUUACAGUUUGACAGCAAUGCAAAAUUUAAAGGUGAAGUUAACAAACAAGAUGCACAAGUUCUUCGCAUUCUUCCCAUCGGCCGUGACUUAGAUGGUGAUUCAUACUGGUAUCAGUUAGAUAAAGAUUAUAAUAUGAGAUUGUAUAAGGAAGGUGUAGAAGAAGACUGGGGUGAAGAGAGUGACUCUUAUAGGCCUGUGACUCGUCGAGCAGCUUCUCAGAAGGCUGUUAACUACAGGGAGAUCUCAACUGAUGAAGAUGAGGAAUGGGGAGCAUCAAAACCCAAAAAAACUACUAUCAAAAGAAAGAAAGCCUUCUCUUCUGAAGAAAGUGAGGCCUCAUACAAGGAAAAGAAGCCAAAAAAGAAAGCUCGAGUUCGUAAAUGGGGAAGUUCUUCCGAUUCUGAGUCUGAAAAAAGUUUAAGUUUGAAUGAUGAAAGUGAAGAAGAAGAAGAUGACAAUGAUGGUGAUAGCAGUCAAGAUUCAGAAAAUGAGUGGAAAGUUAAGAAAAGUCAAGAAGCAAAAAGAUUAAAACUUAGCAUUAAUAAAAAGGUGUUAAGUACUGAUGAGGAAUCCGAGUCCCAAGAAUCAGCCCCUGCCCCCAAGAAAAAGGCCAAUAAAGUUGUUUCAGAAGAAAGUGAAGAAGAAGAUGAUGAUGAAGAAGAAGAGGAGGAGGAGGAUGAUGAAGAAGAAGAAAGUUCUGAAGAAGAAGAAGAUGAAGAAUCAGAAGAAAGUGAUGAAGCACCUUCAAAAUUACCAUCAGUGGAGAAGAAGGUGGAGAAGCAGAACUUGAAGCCAAAAACCCCUGAAUUAGUGAAAGAAAUCACCAAACCUGCUGAAGUGGUGAAAGAUUUGAAACAGAAAACUAGUGAAAAUGUUGAGCCCAAUGCAAAUAUGAAGGAAAAAAUUAAUAUUUCAGCUGCACAGGAUAAAGGUUCUGUCCGGCCUGUUAAGAAAGAUACUACAAAAAUGGUGCCUUGUGUUAUUCCGUAUGAAAAAUCACCUAAAAGUGGCCCUGGUGUUACUUUUGAGGAUGAAAGUGAUAAAAUUUCAAAAAUAAAAGAAAGCAAUUUAAAAACUGUGAUGCCUUCUCAUCCUACUAAAACUGCCAUUCAAUUGAAUCCACCUGCUGCAAAGUUUAUUGAAAAGGCUCCACCUCGUGUAAACCUUCCUCCAGCUGAAAAUAAAUCAUUUAGUGGAACUAUUAUGGAACCUUUCGACGAAGAUGAUCCAGAUAGUGAUGAUGAAGUACCUUUAGAAAGAAUUCCUACUGCAUGUGUGCCUACCCCUUUGUCAAACAAACCACCUACUUAUGAGAAAAUAAAUGAAUACACACCUGCCAAAGAACUAUCCACUUUUUCUUAUUCUGCCCCAGAAAAAUGUUUUCCAAGCACAUAUACUUCAUUAGCACCAUUUCAAGAUUAUUCUUCACGUCCAAGUCCUUUAAAACCAUCCUUAGUCGAAACCUAUCCAACUAACUCCAGUAGUCCUUCAAAACUCACACCAUUAGACACUUAUUCCCGGUCUGGUAGUCCGAAAGGAUUCAUAUCCUUAGAUUCCUACACUGAAGCUAGAAAAAAGAAACACUUCUAUGGUAACCCUUCUUCAGAACCAGACGCAGCUUCAAGACCAAUGCCUCCUGCAGCAGACAAUUAUCAAGGAGAGAUUAGGUUCCCUCCUGAGCCCUAUCCGUGUCCUCCUUCACCAAAUGCUUAUUCUCACAGAUCUCCUCCCCCGCCACAAAGAGAUCCUGGCACGCCCCCCAGAAUGUACUCUCAAUUUCCCGACGCAUAUGCACCUCCAAGGUCACCGGAAUAUUAUCAGAAUCACCAAUACUAUGCAAGCGAGGAACGCAUACCAAGGCCUUCUUAUCAGCCCAAUUAUGCCCCUUCAGAGCAGGGCCCACCAUACGUUCAGAAUCCAUAUGUAGCUACACCCGUGCCCCAACCGAAUGGCGGUUUCAUGAUAGACACUCUGUUACGUGCAAGGAACGAAAACGAAGAAGAUGAACUCACUGGAGUCACAGAUAUAGUUUCAUACAUCACGCAAGAGUAAAAUUCAAAAUCAUGUAAAUUACCAUUUCUCAUUUUAGAGGGCAUUUAUCAAUGAUGUAGAUAAUUUAUAUGUAUAAAGUCAUGACAUGCAAUAUUUUAUUUCUAAUUUUGUAUUUCAUAUGACAGAGUCAGAUAUCGAUGGGUUUUCUCCUUUGUUAUGUUUAUAAAAUGAAUAUUUUAUGAAACUUUUAUUUCUUUUUUUUUAUAUAUAUAUUUGAAAAAAAUCUUGUUAAAUAUAUUUUACAAUCUUCUGGGAAAGAGGUUGACUAUUGGGGGUGAUAGAUAGUAUUUUUAAGACCAAGUACUUGUUAGAAUCAUUGAUAUUGUACAGAAAAUAUAUCUUUAUGGUAGAUCUAUUUACGUAAUUAUCUUUUGCUCCGAAGCUAUCAUUUGUUAUGAAAAUGCUGCCGUAGCUUUGUAUCAUUAUCUACAAUCAACAUUGUAUUGCAAUUUUAGCACAAUAGACCCCAUUACAUGUGCAUGUUUUAUGUUGAUUAUUUAUAUAAAUGUGAUGUUUGUAUAUCUUACUUUUAUAAAAUAUGUGAUAUUGAACAAAUCAUUUAGAUGUUCUUUAUUUUGUCUGUAAUUCAAUCCUAAAACUCGGUGUCACUUUUGCUUUAAAUUAUUGUAAAAAUGGAUAGCAGUUGUUAUGUAUUUAAAAUGUGUUACUUUUGUAAAAAGACCUGAAAAUUAGU